CGGAGGCCGACGUCGGCGAGGCGGCUCCGGCGGGGGCGGAAGAGCUCGUCCGGCGCGGCGCGGCGCGGAGGGGUCGACGAGGCCCGGGGGCCGCCGCGGCACCAUGGCGACCACCGUCAGCACGCAGCGCGGGCCGGUGUACAUCGGUGAGCUCCCCCAGGACUUUCUCCGUAUCACGCCUACACAGCAGCAGCAGCAGAUCCAGCUAGAUGCCCAGGCAGCCCAGCAGCUGCAGUACGGAGGGGCACUGGGGACCGUGGGGCGCCUCAGCAUCACCGUGGUGCAGGCAAAGUUGGCAAAGAAUUACGGUAUGACCCGCAUGGACCCCUACUGCCGUCUGCGCCUGGGUCACGCAGUGUACGAGACGCCCACAGCCCACAACGGCGCCAAGAACCCUCGCUGGGGCAGGGUCAUCCAGUGCACCGUGCCCCCAGGCGUGGACUCUUUCUACCUUGAGAUCUUUGAUGAGCGAGCCUUCUCCAUGGAUGACCGCAUUGCCUGGACCCACAUCACCAUCCCUGAGUCCCUGAAGCAGGGCCAGGUGGAGGAUGAGUGGUACAGCCUGAGUGGGAGGCAGGGUGAUGAUAAGGAGGGCAUGAUCAACCUGGUUAUGUCCUACACGUCCCUGCCGGCUGCCAUGAUGAUCCCGCCCCAGCCUGUGGUCCUGAUGCCAACCGUGUACCAGCAGGGCGUUGGCUAUGUGCCCAUUGCAGGGAUGCCUGCGGUCUGCAGCCCUGGCAUGGUGCCGGUGGCCAUGCCCCCACCUGCGGUAACCGCCCAGCCCCGCUGUAACGAGGAGGACCUGAAGGCUAUCCAGGACAUGUUUCCCAACAUGGACAAGGAGGUGAUCCGCUCUGUGCUGGAAGCCCAGAGAGGGAACAAGGGCGCUGCCAUCAACUCCCUGUUGCAGAUGGGCGAGGAGUCCUAGGCUGCCUCGGCCUGCACCUCCCACCACCGGCCUUGGGACCUGUCCUCCCAGGGUUCCCAGGGUCAGGCCCAACACGAUUCCUAUGAAAGACCACCCAUGUGCUCCCUCCUUGGACAUGUGUGCCGCCCCUCCCCACCUGUUUUGGGAUGCAUGUGGGUUUUCCCUUGCUAGCAGCCCUCGGGGCCAUGGGUGGGGUGAGGCGGCUCCCCCCCUUGUCUGGGUUACUGAUGGUGGCACGGGCACACCGCAGGCCUGUGCUCCUGUUGCUUGGAGACCCGUUUCCCCUCUUCACACUGUUUUGGAAAGCGGCCUCCUCUGCCAGGGCAUUAGAAGUUAUAGUGUCCUUUUGGGUUGAAUGGCAUGGGGUUAUUCUGACAAAUUGAGACAGAUGUGGUUAAGGCGCUCAGAAUUUGUUUACUGACUUGUGGGUUGUGUUGAGAGCUCAUGUCCUUCCUGACAUUCUUUGUGAACAUGAACUACUUUGUCACUGAGUCCUGGGCCAUUGAGCUGUGCUUUCUAGCCAUAGCUGGCAGGCCGCCCCGCCAAGCUCACCUUGCCGUCAGCCAGGCCUCAGCCAUAGCUUUGCUGGUGGGUGCAGCACGUGUCCAGACCGCCAGUGUGAAGGGAGCCUGGGGCAGGAGUCCCUGCCUGCCAGCUUGCCUGUCUACCCGCUGCCUGUCUCCUGCUGUUCCCUCCCAUUUGUCUGGAGUUAGCCCGAGGGCUUCUUGCCACAGUGCCUGGAGUCCGGCAAAGGGACAGAUGUAGCACUGUGCUUUCUAAAGUAUUCAGGCAUUGUGGCUACUGCUGACCCGUGUAAGGAGACGCUGUGUGCCAUGUACAUGUAGCUCGGUCUGGGUGACCGAAACCAGCACCUGCUCACAGUUUAGACUUUGCAGAGGCUAGAGGUGUCCACACCCUAACCCCUGGUUACUGCAGGUCACCACACCUGACUCCUGGUUACUGUGGGUCAGACUUUCUGACCUGUGUUCUGGCUGCAGACUCAAGGUUUAGGGACAGUGCAGGUGACACCUCAUUGUGAGACUCAGAACCGUGAGAGCUUUCUCAGUGAUGUGUUGAGUACGCACGCCAGGGGAAAGCUAGCAAGCAUCGAUAUGUGUGUGUGUUGUGGUUCGACAUAAAAUUGUAGUUGCUUCUCGUUCUUCUGAGUGUUUGCCCCCAGCCUUUGGAGACAAUGCUGACUGACUGGCAGGAAGGUACCUCGUGGAAGAAUUAGAGUAAGGAAGUUAGCACUGGAAUUUCAGUCUUUCCCCCCCCUAAAAAUAUAGGGCAAGUUUUAAUGUCAGCUGGAAAAUCCUGCUUUCUGCCACCUGUGGAGGUGCUUUUUGUCAGAUAAUAUUAUUCAUAAAUAUUUAUUUUUGUAUCCCUGGAGGAGUGUGGGUGGAGGUACCGAGUGCUUUGCUUUCCCGGGGACGGGGGGGGUGGGGGGGAGACACCAAUGUUUGUGAAGUAGGAUGGGGUACUCGCUUGAGCCCUGGUCGCUGGAAGUCCCCUGUCAGGCUCUUGAGUAGGUGACGUGUUGGGCAAAGUGGACCUUUCCAGGCAGUCAGCAGACAUGGUGUGGGAGGGGCUGGAGGUUUCUGGUGUGGCUGCAGUGCCAGCGUCUGCCUUAAUGUUGCUGGGUGCCUGAGUGCGUCUCGGCAUGGUUCUGAGGAGGGUCCUGGAAAAGCAUCCCUUGGUGCCAGCUGCCAACUGGGAGCAGCCAUCACGGUGCCCACCAAGGCAGCUCUUGUGGGCACCUGCAUAGGAGAGAGUGAUGGUUUUAAGAUAGAUUUCAGACUGAACUUACCACAGUCUCUUCCCUUUUUUCAUGAACACUUUAUUUUUUUAAGAUUGAGAAAGAUCACAUUUUAUAAGACCUUUAAUUCAAUGAGACUCUUUUCUCCUUUGUUUUGUGUUGUCCUGGCCUGUCCCGGGAGGGGAGGUACUUGUUCAUCUUCUGUCCUGUGUCUGGUUUGGAUGAAAGGUGGUCACACUUGGAAGGCAGAGACCACAGCAGACUGGGGCAGACGCAGAUGGCUCCUAGCUCCUGGUCCGGGCCCGUGCACUGGGGCAGAUGCAGAAGGCUCCAGCCCAGUCACUGGCCCUCUCUGGAUCUCCUUAUCGCUCCUGCCGUGUUUGAAGACACGGUCGUUAACAAAGCUGCAUGGGACACUGGAGGGGAGCAGCCCAUCAGCUUAUUCCACUGUGGCCAGCGGUCUGCAAAGUUGAGGCUGGUAUAUUUUCACAGCCGUUGCUGGAUGGUUAGUCUGGGCUCAUCUGGCAUCUGUGUGGCUUCUCCCCGUGUGAAGGAUGACUGUGAGAGCAGUAUGUUGUAUGGCUCGGGGCUGCCCAUGCCCUCUCCAGGCCCCUCGUGUCCUCUGUGGGCAUGCUGGCGUGGGUGGAGACAGCUCUGUGGGGAUGAUUCUCAGAACUUUGUGUUUCUGGUUACGUGGAGGCAGCCCGUGUCCAGAUUUUCUUUGAUUGUAAAAUAUAUUUUUACCUUUCAGCCUUCUAAUUUAAGUGGUCCAUAUAAAAGUAAAUAAAGUCCUCUACGGAAAUGUUUA